AUGUCUGAAGUGGACGCGAUUCAGCUUCCCCAGAGCUACGUCACCCCAGCAGACAGCCAUGUCCGCAUCACCAACCACCCUGCCACCAGCGGCGGCGUGACUCCCAUCCUGGUGGCAACGCUGAAUCGGCCGCAAAAGCUAAACGCCAUCUCGUCGGACAUGAUUUACGCCUUGAUCACUCUUUUCAAAACCGUCCACGCAGACCAUCGCGUCAGGGCCGUCAUUCUCACCGGCGCCGGCAAGGCCUUCUCCGCCGGCAUCGAUCUCACCAUGGACACGAGCAACUUGAAAAACGCCGCGCCGCCCAGCGAGAUGCGAGAUCCCGGCGGCACGCUAGCUCUGGCCAUGUUCAACUGCAGCAAGCCCAUCAUCGUGGCCUACAACGGACUGUCCGUCGGCAUCGGCAUGACAUCCACCCUGGCCGCGACGAUUCGCAUUGCUCCCCGGGCCGCCGAGUUCGGGUUCCCCUUUGCCCGCAUCGGCCUCACCAUGGAGUCGUGCAGCUCCUUCUUCCUACCGCGAAUGGUGGGCUACAGCAACGCGACAUAUCUCCUGGCCACGGGGAAGCGGUAUCCCGCCGACGCGCCCGUCCUCAACGGCAUCUUUGCCGAGCUGGUCCCGGAGCCAAAGGACGUCCUGCCACGGGCCGUCGAGGUCGCAGAGGACAUUGUCUCCAACGUGAGCACCAUGGCCGUGUACCUGAAUCGCCAGCUGAUCUGGAGGAAUCCGGGCUCGGCUGAGCGCGCCCAUCUCGUCGACAGCCCGCUGCUGUACGACAUGUUUAGUGGAAAUGAUCACCAGGACUUCAAGAAGGCCUUCUUUGCCAAGAAGAAGCCCUCGUUUUCGGCGGAUAUCUGGAAGGACGCGCCGCGCGGGUAUCCCUGGUGGGACGAGCUGUCUGUCCAGACGCGUCAGCCACCGAAGCACACGGCCGACAGUAAGCUUUGA